ACUGUUUCUAUAUUUGAAGGCCGACUAAAAACAAAAGAGUAGCUGCAUGAGAGGGUCUAUAGAGUACCCACCACUCCACCUUCCUCUUCCCUAACUUAAAACAACUUUUAGCUCAAUAUCCUUCAUUUGAUGUCUUCUUCAUCUAUUCCCUACAAUAUUAUUCUCUAUUGGUCAAAUAUUUAGCAAAUAGGAUAAUCACAACUCUGUUUAUCCCUUGAUUCUUCGUUUUCAAGAAUAUUUGUGAGGUGAAAUGGAGCAAACAAGAUAUUGGAUGAGCACAAAGAGAAAACAUGACAUGACAUUAUCAAAUAAUCCUUCAUCGUAUGGCGAUUCGUGGGAGGAACAAGCUUUUGCUGAAGAUGCAGCUGGAGCACUUGGAGGGUGUAUAUGGCCACCAAGAUCUUAUACUUGUAGCUUUUGUAGAAGAGAAUUUAGGUCAGCUCAAGCUCUAGGUGGCCAUAUGAAUGUUCAUAGAAGGGAUAGAGCAAGAAUGAAACAAUCUCCUCCAUCUAAUAGUCCAAGUGUUCAUGAUCAUCAAGUAUUUAUUCCUCCUACUCCUCCUCUUCAUUCUAAUCAUCAUCACAAUAGCCAUGUUCAAUACCCUUCUCAAAUUUGUAAUACCUUUAUGUAUAACCCUAAUUCUGACUCUGCCUCUGGGGUUCCAAUUAGGGUUUCUUCUCAAAAGACCUUAGAAACUCAUCAUCAUUCUUCUUUGUCAUCAAUUGUCCAUGAAGAGAAAAAGAAUAGCUUGUCUUCAUCAUGGUCAAACUUGGUGGCUGACAAAUAUUCUUGUCUCUCUAGUGUGAAAAAUGAUGAAGAGAAGAAGAUGAAAUCUAUAGAUUUCAAAAAAGAUCAAGAGAGGAAUCUUGAAGUCAUGAUAGACUCAAGCUUUAGGGCAAAACAUGACCAUAUUGUUGAACCUAAUUACAAAAGGAGGAAAGUUGAUCAAGAAGAUAACAUUUCAUUUGCAAAUCUCUUCCCUAGAACAAGUUCAUCAAUCGAAAGGUGUCGUCCCCAAUCAGAAGCACUUGAAAGGAUCCCUAGUGCAAUAGAAGAAUUGGAUCUUGAGUUGAAGCUUUGAAAAAUCCAAAGGUAUCUCCAAGAAAGCUAAAAACAAGAUGAUCGAUGCAUUCUAGGUGUCUAGAUGAAGGAAUUUGUCGAGUUCUCAAAUCAUGAUAUAUACUGUGUGAAAAUAUAAUUAAGUAAAUAAGAAUGUGUUCUUUCUGAUUUAAGUUUUAAGAUGAGAUAGUCACACACACUUCAAUAGUUACACAUUAAUUGAUGAUUGGUACUUUUGAUGACGACUCAGGUUUUCAUAUGAGAUGGUCACACACUUCAACAGUUAAUUACAAACUAUUUGAUUGAUGGUUACUAGAAAGUUAAAAGAAGUUUAACUUUUGGUUUAAGAAACAACCUCAAGGGUGUAUAUUUAGGGCUGCCUACAAAUUAAUGGUCUUUAUAU